AUGGAUUUCACCGUGAACUUGUUGAUGAGCAUCGAGAGAACAGGCGCUCGUCCCGACGUCGUAGUGGUCGCAGAAGAUGAGCAAUCAUUCAAGGAGCUAUCGUUGCACCCUCAUCCGGGACUACAAGUCGUUAAACCACACAACAUCAGUGGUGUCAACAUUGACAGUAAAAACGCCCACUACCUUAAAUUUGGAACCGGUGACUACAACAAAUUCGUCAAUCGCAGGCCGAAAUAUAUACUAGAAUUUGUACAGCGUGGAUAUGAAGUGUUUUUUCUUGAUGCCGACACUUUCUGGUUUCGAGACCCUUUUCCUUAUCUUGAAGGCAAUUUCGAUAUCGCUUACUAUAAUGACAGAUUUGACAUGUACAAUAUGGGCGUGGCCUUUUACCGUCCAACAAACAGGACUCUCCGUUUCUUGAAACACUUCGCGUUGACUUUAGAAACACAGAAGAAAGUCAUACCGGAUCAGAAUGUCAUGAACACGAUAAUAAGAUCUCAGUACAUUCCAGACCUUCGCAUUAAGCACCUGAAUAAUGAAAACUUCCCAAACGGGGGCUUUUUCUUUCCAUUUUUCCCCAACAUGACUAAGUGCCGAGAAGACACCAGUACAACGGUGGUGUUUCACGCCGCUUGGAUUAGUGGUCAUAAGAAUAAGAAGAAGGCGUUUCAAACCUGCCACAUGUGGUUAACAUCUUAA